UUUUUAUUUUUAAACCCUAUAGUUUGCUUGCCUAAACUAGAUUUGGAGCAGUUCAUAUACCUGAGAUCUGCCAUUUUACAGUAUCACAAUUGGAAAGAACCAGAUUUUCAAAUAAUGGAAGAGCCCAAGACUUCUAAAAGCGAAAAUCAUGAACCAAAGAAGAAUAUUAUUUGUGAAGAAAGCAAAGCAGUUAAAAUUAUAACUAAUCAAACCUUGAAGCCUAGAAAUGAUAAGUCCGUGACCGAAAUUGGGACCAGCUCUCUGAAUAGAAAUAGUAGUAAAAAAACCAAGCAAAAUGAUAUUUGUAUAGAAAAAACAGAAGUUAAAUCAUGUCAAGUAAAUGCUGCCAGUGUUCCAGGCCCUAAAGAUUUGGGGUUAGUACUUCGAGAUCAAAGUCAUUGCAAAGUGAAAAAGAUACCAAAUUCACCCAUGAAAGCCCAGAAGGGAUGUUCACAGGCAAAAGUAGAAAAAGCACCUAGUUUACAGGCAAAGGUAGAAAAAUCACCAAAGUCACCUAAUUUACCAGUAAAGGCAGAAAAAAUAACCUGUACAACAGCAGCAGCAACAACAGAAAAAGCACUUAAUUCACAGAAGAAAGAAGAAAAUAUACCCACUUCUCAGAUGAAAUUACCAACGACACCCAGCUCACCUUUAGAACCAGAAAAUGCACCUAGUUUACUGUUGAAAGAAAACAUGAAACAGACAGAGUCCCAAGAGACUGGGGAAAAACUUGCAAGCUCCUUUGUUUCUGUGGACAAAAGGAAUAGUGAAGGUCUACAGGGAGAAAAAUCCACCCUGGAAAACUUAGUGCCAUCUCAGAAGCAGCAGGCACGGACAGAUAAUGUUGGUGAUUCUGAUGAUAGUGCUUCAGGAAUUGAAGAUACAUCAGAUGAUUUGAGUAAAAUGAAGAGUGAAGAAUCUAAUAAAGAAAAUUCUUCUGAGAUGGACUAUUUAGAAAAUGCCACUGUGAUAGAUGAAUCCACAUUGACACCUGAGCAGAGGCUAGGCUUGAAACAAGCAGAAGAACGCCUAGAAAGAGAUCACAUCUUUCGACUUGAAAAACGAUCACCAGAAUAUACCAAUUGCCGUUAUCUAUGCAAACUUUGCUUAAUUCACAUUGAGAACAUCCAAGGAGCACAUAAACAUAUAAAAGAAAAGCGACAUAAGAAAAAUAUUUUGGAAAAACAGGAAGAAAGUGAACUGCGAUCUCUUCCAUCUCCUUCCCCUGCUCACCUGGCUGCUUUAAGUAUUGCAGUUGUUGAAUUAGCAAAAGAACAAGGAAUAACAGAUGAUGACCUCAGAGUCCGCCAGGACAUUGUGGAGGAAAUGUCAAAGGUUAUAAUGACAUACUUACCAGAAUGUUCACUGAGGUUGUAUGGUUCAUCUCUGACAAAGUUUGCCCUGAAAAGCAGUGAUGUUAAUAUAGAUAUAAAAUUUCCUCCCAAGAUGAAUCAUCCAGAUCUUCUGAUACAAGUGCUUGGAAUUUUGAAAAAAAGUCCAUUAUAUGUAGAUGUGGAAUCUGAUUUUCAUGCUAAAGUUCCUGUUGUGGUGUGCAAAGAUCGGAAAAGUGGUUUACUAUGUAGAGUGAGUGCAGGAAAUGAUAUGGCAUGUCUCACUACUGACUUACUUGCUGCUCUUGGCAAAGUGGAACCUGUCUUCACUCCCUUAGUGUUAGCCUUUCGCUAUUGGGCUAAGUUGUGCUAUAUUGACUCCCAAACUGAUGGUGGAAUCCCUUCUUACUGCUUUGCUUUAAUGGUGAUGUUUUUUCUUCAACAAAGAAAACCCCCUCUUCUUCCUUGCUUACUUGGAAGUUGGAUUGAAGGCUUUGACCCAAAAAGAAUGGAUGACUUUCAGCUGAAGGGCAUAGUAGAAGAGAAGUUUGUGAAGUGGGAAUAUAAUUCAAGUAGUGCAACUGAGAAAAACUUAAUUGCUGAUGAAAACAAAGCUAAGGCAGACCAACCAAAAGAUGAUACCAAGAAGACAGAAACAGACAACCAAAGUAAUGCCAUGAAGGAAAAACAUGGCAAAUCUCCUUUAACAUUGGAAUCACCAAAUCAGGUACCCUUGGGACAGUUGUGGUUGGAGUUGCUAAAAUUUUACACACUGGAUUUUGCUUUGGAGGAAUAUGUCAUAUGUGUACGGAUACAGGAUAUUCUAACAAGGGAGAACAAGAACUGGCCUAAAAGACGAAUAGCCAUUGAAGAUCCAUUUUCAGUCAAGAGGAAUGUUGCACGGAGUUUAAACAGCCAGCUUGUUUACGAAUAUGUUGUGGAGAGAUUCAGGGCAGCUUAUCGGUAUUUUGCUUGUCCUCAAAGGAAGGGCGGAAAUAAAUCUUCAGUGGAUUUCAAGAAAAAAGAGAAGGGAAAAAUAAGCAAUAAGAAACCAGUGAAAUCUGAUUGUAUGGCGACCAACUGUUGCAUUCAUCUUGGAGAAAGUGCAGAAAAAGUAAAUGCAGAAAGAGGUCAACCUGUUAAGGAUGAUGAAAUGGAGUUUACAUCACAGAGAUGUAUUGUUGACAAAGACAAUUUGUUGGUAAAUGAACUAGGUUUGGCUGACCAUGGACAAGAUUCUUCAUCUCUUUCUACUGCCAGUGAAGGUAGUGAAUUAGAGCAAAAAUCAGUUGAGAAACAAGGUGAUUUUACACCUUCAGAAACUUCUUUAAAGAAGGAACUCAUCCAGUGUAAUUACAUUGGGUCACCUGAUGGAGCUGAAUCUGCGGGAACAGACUGCAGAUCAAAUUCAGAAAUGGAAAGUUCACAUCAGAUUGUGUGCAACAAUGUAUCUGCUACCUCUUGCAACUGCAAAGCUACAGAAGUUGCUUCUGACUUUAUUGAUGAUGAUAACCUCCCUUCCCAGGAAUUGUAUUAUGUGUUUGAUAAGUUUAUUUUAACCUCUGGCAAGCCGCCAACAAUAGUAUGCAGCAUCUGCAAAAAGGAUGGCCAUUCAAAAAACGAUUGCCCAGAGGAUUUCAGGAAAAUUGAUCUAAAACCUCUACCACCAAUGACAAACCGAUUUCGAGAAAUACUUGAUUUAGUAUGUAAAAGAUGUUUUGAUGAAUUAUCACCACCUUGCUCUGAGCAGCACAACAGGGAGCAAAUUUUAAUUGGCUUGGAAAAGUUUAUUCAAAAAGAAUAUGAUGAAAAGGCAAGAUUGUGUUUAUUUGGUUCUUCAAAGAAUGGAUUUGGAUUCCGUGAUAGUGAUCUGGAUAUUUGUAUGACUCUGGAAGGCCAUGAAAAUGCAGAGAAAUUAAACUGUAAGGAAAUAAUUGAAAAUUUGGCAAAAAUUCUUAAGAGGCAUCCAGGUUUAAGAAACAUUCUGCCUAUAACUACUGCCAAAGUGCCUAUUGUAAAAUUUGAACACCGACGAAGUGGACUAGAAGGUGAUAUCAGUCUAUAUAACACAUUGGCUCAACACAACACAAGAAUGCUAGCUACUUAUGCAGCUAUUGACCCUAGAGUCCAAUACUUGGGAUAUACUAUGAAAGUGUUUGCUAAGCGCUGUGACAUUGGAGAUGCAUCUCGAGGAAGUUUAUCUUCAUAUGCGUAUAUCCUUAUGGUGCUGUACUUUCUGCAGCAAAGAAAGCCACCAGUUAUCCCAGUCCUGCAAGAGAUCUUUGAUGGAAAACAGAUUCCACAGAGAAUGGUUGAUGGAUGGAAUGCUUUUUUCUUUGAUAAAACAGAAGAACUGAAAAAGCGUUUGCCUUCCCUUGGAAAGAACACAGAAUCACUAGGAGAGCUUUGGUUAGGACUACUUCGCUUCUACACUGAAGAGUUUGAUUUUAAGGAGUAUGUAAUCAGUAUUCGGCAGAAAAAGCUGUUGACCACUUUUGAAAAGCAGUGGACAUCUAAAUGCAUUGCAAUUGAAGAUCCUUUUGACUUGAAUCAUAAUCUUGGUGCUGGUGUUUCUAGAAAAAUGACCAAUUUCAUUAUGAAGGCAUUUAUCAAUGGAAGGAAACUUUUUGGUACCCCCUUUUAUCCACUCAUUGGCAGAGAAGCUGAGUACUUCUUUGAUUCAAGAGUAUUAACAGAUGGAGAACUGGCUCCUAAUGAUCGUUGUUGCCGUGUAUGUGGAAAAAUAGGUCACUACAUGAAAGAUUGUCCCAAAAGGAAAAGCAGUUUACUGUUUAGACUAAAGAAGAAAGACAGUGAAGAAGAGAAGGAAGGCAAUGAAGAAGAAAAAGACCCCCGAGACCUGGACUCCCGAGACCUUCGGUGUUUCAUCUGUGGGGAUGCAGGACACGUGCGCCGGGAGUGCCCAGAGGUCAAACUGGCCCGCCAGAGGAACAGCAGUGUGGCCGCAGCCCAGCUGGUCCGUAACCUUGUCAAUGCUCAGCAGGUGGCUGGUUCAGCCCAGCAACAGGGUGACCAGUCCAUAAGAACUCGACAGUCUUCAGAAUGUUCUGAUUCACCAUCUUAUUCUCCUCAGCCCCAGCCAUUUCCACAGAAUUCUCCCCAACCACCUGCUAUUCCCCAGCCUCCUCCAUCCCAGCCCGGAUCCCAACCUAAGCUUGGCCCACCCCAGCAGGGAGGCCAGCCCCCUCAUCAAGUUCAGAUGCCCUUGUAUAACUUUCCUCAAUCACCACCAGCUCAGUAUUCUCCCAUGCACGGUAUGGGAUUAUUGCCAAUGCACCCCCUCCAGAUCCCUGCCCCAUCCUGGCCCAUCCAUGGCCCAAUGCUCCACUCUGCACCUGGCAGUACCCCCAGCAAUAUUGGCUUGAAUGAUCCCAGCAUCAUCUUUGCACAGCCUGCUGCCAGACCGAUGGCAAUCCCUAGCUCUUCUCAUGAUGGACACUGGCCUCGUACCGUGGCUCCAAAUUCCCUGGUGAACAAUGGUGCAGUGGGUAAUUCAGAACCACGCUUUCGAGGACUGACUCCUCCAAUUCCAUGGGAACAUGCACCACGUCCCCAUUUCCCCCUUGUCCCAGCUUCGUGGCCUUAUGGUUUGCAUCAAAACUUCAUGCAUCAGGGAAAUCCAAGAUUUCAGCCCAAGCCCUUCUACGCUCAAGCAGACAGAUGUGCUGCCCGUCGCUGUAGAGAGCGUUGUCCCCACCCACCAAGAGGAAACGUGUCAGAGUAAUGCCAGCCCACAGCAACCAACCAAUCCUGCUGUCUCAAGGGUAUCCGUACCUCAGUGUCAGUUACACUCAGCAGAAAAAGUGACAUUUAAGGAAAGCAAAACAAAUCAGGUCCUGAUUUAAAAUUUUAACACACGUUUAGAUAGCUUAUUUAAAUUCUAAGACUGUUUUUAAACACUGUAUUAUUUGUAUAUAAAUAUGAACUAUAGUUUUUACUGGUAUCACUAAAAUGAGUGAUACAAAUUUCAUCUAUUUUAUUACCCUAUUUUUAAGGGAAUUUUAUGUUUUGUUUAAUCUUGAUGAAUUGUAUAAAGAGAGAAUUUAAAAAAUUACAUUCUUUAUUUUCUAUUAGCUGUAUUCAUACUUUGGUUGCUUCAGACUUUAUAUAUAUUGUUCUUAAGGAUUAGGAAAGGAUUUCAUGUGUUUUAAAUUUGUCACUUCUAUUCUUUACAGAACCUUGUAGUGCCAAAAACUUUUUAAAAGGUAAAAAAAAUAAAUAAAUAAAAUUACAACAUAAAGAUUCAAAAAAAAUUUUCUUUUACAUACUUGUAUGUUGAAUAUAUUCAAACUUGAAUGGAAAGUUGCUUUUGUCUGUAUUUGAAGUUCUAUUUUAAGUUAAUAAAUCUUUUUGACAAGA